AUGGACAGCACUCCUACGCGCGAGCUUGUACCAAUGUCAACACCACGCGUGGAAUCGUUGGGAGAUGAUCGCGGAAUUGUCAGGGAAUUCAUGAGUGGAAGGAGUUUGGUGUCAAUUCAGAAUAUUCAUAUAUGGACACAUUCCACAAACAUUGAAGAACAUUAUCAUGAGGUUGGUAUUCUCCCAGUACAUUCUUCCGAACUUCAACGACUUACAUUUUCUCACAAAAUUUGUCGCAUGCACCUACAAGCGAUAACAGAAACAAAUCAGAUAGCGAUGGAGAAUAUCCGAAGCUUCCCAGGAUCUUCAUUUCCAACGUUAGUCACACCCAUCUUCCCGUCAUCAGCAGCAGAAAUUCGAGACAAAUUUGAUAAAGACUUCCUUAUUCCAAUGUUUGAAUGCAUACCGUAUCUCGUUUGGAUAUCGAUGCAGCCAUCGGCAACGAACAAGCAAAAGUAUGAUUCUCUUUUGCUGAAACUUAAUUAUUCCGUUGCAAUUUUGUUUUAG